UAGGAAGUGAAGUAUUGUGUGCAUGUGUCUCGUUGCGUUGUUGCCUGCCUCUGCGAGAAUUGUGAGUAAUAUGGAAUCGGGCUUCUACCAAAGGCUUCUCUGAUGCAACGUGUGAAUUAAUGUGCAUGUUUAAAACUAAAGAAAAGGAAGCAGAUACCACAGCGUGAUGAAGUGUGUGUGUGUGUGAUCUUAUGGUGCAACCAUGACAAGAGCAGCACUGACUAAACUCCUCAUCCUCGUGAUCCUCAUCUUCAUCAUCUGCCUCCCUGACUUCUUCACAUUGUACAGAGUAUCAAAAGUGAACUUCAUCUGCCUGCCCUACCGACCCUGUGAGAGAGGGAAUCAGGUGAAGAAGGGGGAAAAUGGAAAGAUUGGGGAUGCUGAUAUUAGGAGAAAAGAUAUGUGUGACCCUUCACAGACUCCAGGAAGUGAAAAGUUCGAGAAGGAUUGCACACAAGAGCAUCAAAGCAACACGACAGAUCCUGAGUCAGACUUAAGGAGAGCAGCUGAAGACCCAGAAAAGAGCUGGUUCGUGUGUGAAACUGAUAUGGACAUGGCAGAAUUAUACAGCAACAGCUCAUCUUCAGAUCUAAAAAUACAUUUAGAGGUGUCAGUGAAUCUUCAACUCAGAGAUGCAGAGACCCUGAAUCUCACCUUGUACGGCCGCAAUAAUCACAGCUCCUUACACCUCCACCCACCCGAGGAGGAGGAUGAGGAAGAGGAGGAGAAGAAUAAUGUUGGACAGAGAAAGGCAUUUUACUGCUGUCUUCCUGCACCACCCACCCCAGAGUCAGCCAAUCAACGCCGCUGUGUCCUUUGGCUCGCCAAUCAAACAGUUUUGACUGCAACAGCAAAGGAAAAGCUGCCAUGGAAACGGACACAGAAAGAUGAGUGGCGGUGUGUGUUGAGGGUGCUCUGGCUGGCUGUGCUGUGUGUGAUGGUGCUCACUGUGGUUAUAACAGUGCUGGGACUAAUUUACCGGAGGAGACACUCAUGCAAAAAGCCCAAGGUGCACCCUGUUGGUUACGAUGUCACUGGCCAGGAGUUGAACGAUGGUGAUGACCACACAGAGAUCAACAUUCCCAAAGGAUUGUCACCCAUUCCAGAAGUUGACACUCAAGAUGAGAUAGAAACUCUGCUGGACGGGAAUAACGACCACUGCUAUACAGCAAAUCUGCAUCAUCGCAACCAUCCGACCACCUCCUCUCUUGUAUAGGAGCAGGCCUGGUGACAGAGGAGCAGCCAGAGGAACAGCCAGAGGAGCAGGCCUGGUGACAGAGGAGCAGCCAGAGGAGCAGGCCUGGUGACAGAGGAGCAGCCAGAGGAGCAGGCCUGGUGACAGAGGAGCAGCCAGAGGAACAGCCAGAGGAGCAGGCCUGGUGACAGAGGAGCAGCCAGAGGAGCAGGCCUGGUGACAGAGGAGCAGCCAGAGGAGCAGGCCUGGUGACAGAGGAGCAGCCAGAGGAGCAGCCAGAGGAGCAGGCCUGGUGACAGAGGAGCAGCCAGAGGAGCAGGCCUGGUGACAGAGGAGCAGCCAGAGGAGCAGCCAGAGGAGCAGGCCUGGUGACAGAGGAGCAGCCAGAGGAGCAGGCCUGGUGACAGAGGAGCAGCCAGAGGAGCAGGCCUGGUGACAGAGGAGCAGCCAGAGGAGCAGGCCUGGUGACAGAGGAGCAGCCAGAGGAGCAGCCAGAGGAGCAGGCCUGGUGACAGAGGAGCAGCCAGAGGAGCAGGCCUGGUGACAGAGGAGCAGCCAGAGGAGCACAGAAAUUGACUCAAAGUGCGCUGGAUAAAAAUGAAAAAUUACUGUUCCAAUUAUCAGCCACGUUUAUUGUGAAAAUAUAAACAUCUGAGACACAUGAAGAUUGUUAAAACGUAUUUAUUUUCAACAUUUCUCAAACAGUCUUAGGGUACUUUAUUAGAAGAGAAUGUAAAUAAAUUAGUAAACAGUCUUAAAUUUCGCAUUAAAUCAUUUUGUAUUCUAAGGCAGAAGCACAGGCUGAUGAACGGCUCUACCUCAUCUGGAUAUAGCUCAAAGGAGAUAAAUCAUUACAAGACAUUUAUUUGCUUAAUAUCCUCCUUGCCUGCAUCAAUGUAU